CACAGCCACCCAUUAUGAUAAUUGGUGAUUUAGAUAUUAUAAUUGAACAGCAACCACCAUCAGAUGUCAGAACCAGAACACCAAAUGACCGUAGAACAUUUAAUUCAGUUAUUCGUGUUGUAGGUGAUUUAGCAAAAAAUAAAGUGGGUGGAGUUUUAGCACAACUUGCAUAUGCAAAUUCAACUACAGAAAGACCCUCACAAUUCAUUUUAGGUGGAAAUAAAAUUGGUGUUAUUGGUAAAGAUGGAAAGGUAGCUUUCGAUAGCCUAUCUAUGACAGAAGCAUCAACCAAGCACCGUGAAAACGAAUUUUGUUUAGAGUACGUUUUAAUAUCAGAAGACAAUAGAAUAUAUACCACACCCAAUGGACCAUUUAUAAAGAGAUCAAGACCAUUUUAUGCAUAUUCCAACCAAAAAGUACUUUCAAGAAGAAGAAAUGUAACACUCAGAACCCUCAGCUCCAAUAGAGGCACAACUUUAGGUGGUGAUCAAAUGCACGUAGUUGGUUCACCAUUCAUUCGUUGUAACUCUUUAAAAUGCAUAUUCCAUACACCACAUGGCGAUGUAGCAGCAUCAAAUAUCGAAUUGUAUAGUGAAUCAGUUUUAUUCUUCACUCUCCCACCCUACCCAAUUCCACCUGGUUUCAAUUCACCCGAAGGUACAGAGCUACCAGUUCAAGUUGUAAUUACAAAUGAUGGAAGAAACUUUAGCAAUCCAUUAUCCUUUACAUAUAUUUAUGAAAAUACUCAUCAAAAACGUUUAAGAUCAAGAUUUUAAAAUUUAAAAUUUGUAGUAUCAUUAAAAAUAAUCACAGACAGUAAUAUUUUCACCUAAUUUUAUAAAAGAAAAAUAAAAAAAUAAUAAAAUAAAUUAUUUUAUAUUUAACUAAUC